CAUUAGUUCAGUGCCGAUCAGUAUUCAGGUUUUGCCGGAUGCGUGACAGUCUGUUGUCUGGUUGUGGUAGUGUAUUUGAAUUUGAAUAGUCUAAAACCGUUCUUUACGUAUUUUCUGUUAUUCCAAGUGGAUGGUAGUGAAGUUUUUGUGAGUGUAUAUACUUGAAUGUUGACGGAAUGUACAUUUGAAACGAACACGCACAACAACUUGAAGAGCUGUGUUUAAAAUUUAUCGUUUUAUAUUGGUAUUUCAACGUGUGAAUCAUGAGCACUCCUGUGAAGAAAGUACCCAUUCACUUACAGAGUGCGCAGAACAGACUGCUAAUUAAGAACGGCAAGGUUGUGAAUGAGGAUGGAAUGGUAGAUAAUGAUGUCUACGUAGAAGAUGGUGUUGUUAAGCAAGUGGGCCGAAACUUAAUAAUUCCUGGAGGAACAAGAGUUAUAGAUGCUAGAGGAAAAUAUGUCAUCCCAGGUGGCAUUGACCCUCACACACACAUGCAGCUGGAGUUCAUGGGGACGGUGUCCGCUGACGACUUCUACCAAGGGACUAAAGCAGCGCUGGCCGGAGGGACUACCAUGAUAAUUGACUUUGUUAUACCGAAGAAAGGCGAAUCCCUCAUCGAAGCAUAUCGAAGCUGGAGGGAGAAAGCAGACGAGAAAGUUUGCUGCGAUUAUGCGUUACAUGUUGCCGUUACGUGGUGGUCAGACAGAGUGAAGGAGGAGAUGGAACAGCUGUGUAAAAAUGAUGGUGUGAACUCUUUUAAAAUGUUCAUGGCAUACAAAGACACUUUUAUGCUGCGAGACCAUGAGCUCUACGGUGUGUUUGAUCACUGCAAACAACUUGGGGCAAUAGCUCAAGUGCAUGCCGAGAACGGAGAUAUUAUAGCGGAGAAUACAAAGAAGCUUCUGGCUAGAGGUGUAACAGGGCCAGAAGGACACGCACUGUCUCGUCCGGAAGACGUAGAGUCGGAGGCAGUUAACAGAGCAUGUGUCAUAGCAAAUCAGGUGGAUGCUCCCCUGUAUGUGCUACAUGUGACGGGCAAGUCUGCAGGGGAUGUGAUUAAGCAGAAGCGGGGUCAGGGGCAGGUGGUGUUUGGAGAGACAAUAGCAGCUUCGUUGGGAACAGAUGGGACUCACCAGUGGAACAGAUGCUGGCAGCAUGCCGCUGCACACGUCAUGAGCCCCCCUCUGCGCCCUGAUUCUAAUACACCCGAUCAUCUCUUGGAUCUCCUUGCCUCAGACAUUCUUCAAGUAACUGGGAGUGAUAAUUGCACAUUCACCGCAAGUCAGAAGAGUCUUGGCCAGGAUAAUUUUUCGAAGAUUCCGAACGGCGUAAACGGCGUAGAAGAUCGAAUGUCAGUUAUCUGGGAGAAGGGUGUGCAUUCAGGAAAGAUGGACCCUGCACGAUUUGUGGCCAUCACCAGUACAAAUGCUGCUAAAAUAUUUAACAUCUACCCAAGAAAGGGUUGUAUUUCUGUGGGCUCUGAUGCAGACAUAGUUAUCUGGGACCCAAACAAAACCCGCAUCAUUUCAGCCAAAACCCACCAUCAAGCGGUUGACUUCAACAUCUUUGAGGGUAUGGAAUGUCAUGGCGUCCCAGAGUACGUGAUUGUCAAUGGCAGAGUUUGUGUGGAUGAGGGUGACCUGAAAGCUGUUCAAGGACAUGGAAACUUUAUCCCAACACCAGUCUUCCCACCUUAUGUGUACAACAUGGUGAAAAAUAGAGAGGAGGAGAAGGUAUCUAACUCGGUGUCAAGAAAUAACGUUGAGAAUGAUAUUGGUGGUACGGCUGAAAGCAAGCCAUCCACACCGACACCUGUUCACGAGCCAACUGUGGUGGCCUCACAGGCCCCUGAACCGCGGCUUACCACUCCCUCAAGCAAGGGCCAGAGGAACUUACAGGAUUCAACCUUCUCCAUCAGUGGUGAGAGCCCUAAUGGAUUGCAUGAACAAGAAUCAGUUGAGAUGGAUGACACUGCCCCAAGAUCAUGCAUCAGGGUGAAGAAUCCACCUGGUGGUCAGUCAUCUGGAAGUUUCUGGUGAAUGUCAGUGUAUCAGAUGAGCUUCUGCUUGUGCGUGUGAAAAUACCAAAUGCCACUUAACCAGGGAAGUUAUUUUUAUUUUGUCAACCGUUCAGUGAAUUUAUUGUAAUUAUUUUAUUUUUCCGUUGUAGGUAUUAUUAUUAUUCUCCUCUCGUUAUCAUAAUUCCUAUUAUCAUUAUAAUCUACUGUAAUUGGCAUUUUGUUUUCUUUGUAUUUUAUUAUUUAAUGAUGAACAUUUUCUUUUAUGUGCAAGAAGAAUUUGGGAUUUAGUUGAAGUGGAAAUCAUUAUCCAUAUGAGAAUCAAAUUGAUUUGAAUUUAUUUUUAUUUUGGCAGCAUUAUGAAAGUGGGACGUAACGGUCCUCCACUACAUUUAUGUGCGUUAUGGAUGUUAAGAAGGAAUUUAAAGGAAACUGGCUGUUUUGUCAGUACUGAAUCCUGAGACUUGGAUUGCAUGUUACAUCUAAAGAAAUUGAUUGUUCUAGUAAUUACUUGUACUGAUGGCGUCUGACGAAAGGCUAGAAUUGUCGAGAAAACGUUCCUCUUCAAAAUUUUAUUUGUUUUUUCCCAAGUUAGAGCUUGCCUUAAUACAAUAACCUUCAAAGACUAUACUAGAUUAUCCUUUCAGACAGAAAUUUUGAAGAAUUAGCUUCAAAAUAGCAACUUUCCCAAAUUUAAUGCUGUCUCUUUUUAAUGUUUGGCCAUGUGUAAGUCAGAACUUGGAUUUAAAGCAAUUAUUAUGUUGCUUGAAUACUUUAUUUCAGCAUGGAAAAUAAGUACUAGAGAGAAAUGGUUUGUGUAGAAUGAAGAGUAAUAUUCUGCCAUUUUCAAAACAUAUUGACUAGGAGAUGAAACAAAGCUUUAAAAUGUUUAUGUUAUGCUCCUGGGUCAUGCUUUUAUAUUUAAAUUUUAAACACUAUGAUAACUGCCGCAAUACACGAAGAGACAUUUUUAUUCUCUCAUGAAUAAAUGACUUAUGAACAUAACUCACAAAUGUUCUGUGAAGGUAUUUCUAGACUUGGUAAUUAACAUCUUUCUAAAACAACAAAUAAUUUUCAAGAUUACUCGAGAGUCCCCCCUUUCCUAGGCUGCUGUUGACUGUUCCAAACGCAAUAGUCAGACUCAUACAAGUUGUUAAAAAUUUAAUUUCAUUGUAUUAAUUCAUAGACGGACUGUUCAAAAGGUGAGAGCCUUAUGAGAAAUGUUGAUAACUAUUCAUAUUCCUCCUCCUAAGAAUAUAAUUUAUAUAAAAUGUAAAUGUUAUCAUGAUAAACAUUAAUGGAUUUUCUCCAUGGAAUGGACACACAUUUUAGGAGUUGACUCUUAUUAAAGCAUUGUUUUAAAUAUAUUGAUUUUCACUUAUAUUCACUUUGCCACUUACAAAAUAAUCAAUAUUAAGCUACAACAUAGCCUAUUGAAGGUUCCAGGUUAUAUCCCCAAGUGUGGGUCAGAAGCUUUUCUGUCAAACAGUGAAAAGGUUAUAAACAUGUGAAAAGUUUUGUAAUGACCGAGGAAUUUAACAAAUAGUUUAACGUCAGUAUCACUAAAUAAUGGAAGUAAAGAAAGAUAAGUGUAUUAUGCUUUAUAGCACAAACUCUUUUACUUGUGGUAGAAAAUGAAAUAUUAAGUCAUAAAAGUUGAGGUUAGCCAGUUCAGCAUCCAAACAUGGCGUAGACAUUUUUAAGUGUUUUAAGGGAAGUAAAAAAAAUUUCAUUUUUUGUAGUUACUUUUCUAAUCUAAUAAUGUGCAGACUAUUUUAACUAAAAAUGUUGACUGAGGUAUUUAUUAAUUCAUCACAAUUAAAAAUGAACAUGUGUAGAUCAUUGCGUGAACUGAAAUUUUAAAUCAGUAUGCAUUGAAAAGCUUCACCCACUGAAUUUGUUUAAAUAUUCUAAAUUUAAGCUUGUAAUUCGUGUUCACGCCCGGUUCUCGUGUCUUCCAUAUGAAUGCAUGAACCUUUAGGUCAGUCUGCAGAAGAAAGCAACUUUUAAAUUUUUGCUGCUCAGAAAAAAUAAUUUUAUGCUUUCAAGUUGGCAUCUCUUAUUCUUUUAUAAUUUUAUGAGUCAUAGAAAUAUUGCUAUAUACUGAAUGUUAUGUGGCGAUUAACUAUUUGGGUAUAUUUGCCUGUGGAUGAAAGUUUGAUUUGAAGCUUUCACAGUGACGUAACUCAAUAAAAAAAAUUCUAGGGUGAUCAGCCAUGCCAGAUGGUUAAACGAUGAAACCGAUGUUUUAGGGACCAUCUCUAUCCCCAACAUCAGGAAUGUUACAAUAAUAUAUUGAAAUUACAAUUUGAAUUCCAGUCUGCCUUUCAGAAUACAGUGCUUGAGUAGUUAUGUUAACAAAUCAUUUCGGCUUUCAAAGCUAGAAGCUGAUCUGUUUGACUCUGGAGAAGUAAUUGUUACAUUUUUCUGUGAAUUUUUUUAAUAUGAAUGUUGUUUAUAGGAGGGUUGAUAUUUCUGUUCCAAAACAUUUUGUGUCUUGAUAUGUUACAAAUGCAACAUUACCAUGUGACCUGCUUGUGAUAUUUAAAUGUUUUGGUCAAACAAACUUUAAGGACAGUGUUCAGAGAUUCCUGAAUGUGAGUGGAGGUUUAUUACUCGGCACUUCGUAUUCAGCUUGCUAUAAAAUUAAGACUAAAUCUACUUCUUAUGUAGCUAAUUUGAAAGAAGCAAAACACUGCCUCUUUCUAUACUAUAUUGACACAACAUAUGUAUGCCAUUAUGUAGCCCCAUAUCCCUUUGCUAUCAAUGUAAUGCUGUAAGUAAUAUUUAACUAUUUAUUUGUGUAGUAAUAAGAUGGCUGAACACAUUAGUGUACUUAUUGUUUCCGUAUUGCAAAAAUUGGGAUGUGAGUUUUCCGUAAGAGCAGUGAACUCAAAAUAUGUCGUCAUGUCUCCGUAAGAAGAAAUGAGAUGUGUUCUGUGUGAAUAAGAGACAGAUCUUCCCCACGCCUCUUUGUUCAAUCUGUAAGUGUUCAUGUUAUCAAGCUUAAGAGUGAAUUGUUUAAAUGGAGUUUUCAAAUUUUGUAUUUACUUUGUUACAAGAAAAAGUACGGUGCUUAUGAAGUUUUGAUUUAUUGUAGAAAAUUGUGACAGUUACAAAAUAUGUUUAAGUUGCUUGGUUCUGUUCUCUGUAUAUUCAUUAAAGCAGAAUAUUGUGAAGGUUAAA